UAUCGAAUAUUGGAAUACUGAGCUGGAGAUUUUCACAUACCCUCUCGAGACUCGACCGACUCACCGCCGCUUACUUCCCUGGAGGAAACUUCGACAGCAAGCCAUGGACGAAGAGUUCUCCGUCGAUCCCUCUCAACUACUCGGAGCUUCUUCCGACUUCGCUCAUCAGCCAGGUGCUCCAUCAGACGCUUCAGCUCAGGAAUUUCUCACGCGCUUUCCUCUCCCCGCCAUUAUUAGCGCCUUGCAGACGGACUCGGAUUACCCUGGUCUAGAAAAUGCUUUGGUCGAUUGUUUGGAACGAAUAUUCAGAACUAAAUAUGGAGCAUCACUUAUCCCCCAUUUCAUGCCUUUCGUUUUAGUUGGUCUUGGGGCAGAUUCUCAGAAAGUGAAACGCUUGGCCUGUGUGGCUAUACUAUGUCUUUUAGAGAAUACUGAUAAGAAGAUUGCAGUGCAACUAGUGCUACAACAUGGAGUUUAUCCCCUUCUGCUCAAUUGCUUGACUGAUGGUGACGAACAAGUGGCUGCUGCAUCAACUGAUGCGAUUAUAUCUUUGGCUGGAUAUCCAGAAGGCAUGGGUAUUGUCUUUCCAACAAGUACUGAUGAAGCUACACAACUUGGGAACUUAGCAGCAAAAUGUUCAUCACUGGGAAGAGUUCGAGUUCUAGCCCUGAUAGUGAGGCUCUUCUCUAUUUCAAGCUCAGUGGCUUCAGAAGUCUCCAGAUAUAACCUUUUGAAUCUGUUGGAGGCAGAAGUAAAAAAUACAAAUGAUACUCUAGUCACAUUGAGCGUGUUAGAACUUCUGUACGAGGUAUGGCUCUUAUUCUUUCUAAGAAAGUCAGUUCUCCACUUCUUAACAUCUUUGGCACUGUUCAUGGCACAGUUGGUGGAAGUCCAACACAGCGCAGAGUUUUUAUCUAAAACCAGCCUUAUUCAGCUCCUUAGUUCAAUAAUCAGCUUCAGAAUCCAUUUUACGAUCAAGGGCAAUGUCGAUAGCUGGAAGGNUCAAUAUUUCCAAAUCCAGUUGAAAGUAUCUCACAGUGUCAGAACUGUUCUAGCCGCUAUUGAUAAGAGGUUUGAGUUCAUGGAAUGUCACGAGGCAGAUGAAUGUGAAUCUGCACUUGAAGCCUUGGGCCAAAUUGGAUCGUGUUCUGUUGAACUUGUCUGCAUAUUGGAUACCCAAGUGAUGACUUCACUGGUGCUAUCCAAAACAUCCCAAGGAGCAACUGUAGUUCUGUCAACUUCACCUCCUAUUGCUAGGCAUGUAGUUGAUGCUGCUUUUGACCGACAACAGCAUGGCAAACAGCUGGCUGGGUUGCAUUCCCUUGGAAAUAUUGUCGGUGAAGCACGUAUAGCAAGUACAGUUUUGCUGAACAGUUCUGCAGAAGGAAACCUUAGGAGCUUAAUUUAUGAGAAAGCUUCCAGAACAUCAAAGUUGAGCCCAUCAGGCCUCCUCUUAUCAGUUCUUCAGCAGGAUUCUGAAGUUCGCAUUGCGGCAUAUAGAUUGAUUAGUGGAUUGGUGGCUCGACCUUGGUGUCUUAUGGAGAUUAUCUCUAGACCUGAGAUAAUUGAUGUUAUAACCGAUGCAUAUACAGAAACCACAAAGAUAGGAAUGGAAGCUAGACAUAGGUGUUGUGAAGCAAUAUACAAAGUAUACACUUCAUCUACAAAACUCGUCAGUGAUCCUACAUUUGCGGACAUAGUUUCUAAGCUACAGGAAGCAAUCAGAAGGGGUCCUUAUGGUGCGAGAAAGCUCACUGAGGCUCAACCGUUGGUUAUGACAGCCGACAGGUUCUGAUAGUGCAAAUAGUACCAAACACUUUGUGCUUUAAUAACCUAAUUGUGGUGUACCAAGUUACUAAAACUGGGACCUCAACUGUUGUAAGAAUAUCGUAAGUUUACUGGGAGUCGAACAUAUUUAGCUUCGAUAUGAUGUGCUGUGUCUGAGUUCUCUUUAAUCAAAUGGUACAAGAUAAGAAAUGAAAUGGCAACUCCAAUAUCCCAGAUUACAGCACAUAAAACAGAAAGUUCUUAAUGGGAUGGUGGCUAAUCUCAACUUAUUUUCAAUAGUGGAGAAUUUUUACUGUGUUGUAAAAUUCUGAGUUAUAACUUUUUUGAGCUCUGCAGUUUGAAUAAGUAGCUAAAGGAUUAUAUCAACAUUUCUAAGGUGUUGCAUUGGUUGAUAUAUAUGUCAAUCCAAAAAUAUACAAUAGAAAUAUCUAUUGUAAGCUUAGUGUUCUAUCA